GUUCUUUUCACAGCUGUGAAAUCCCUGCACACCUUAAAUGACCAGAUAUCCCAUUUUAUUGUGGCCCAACCAUCUCCCCUAGAGGACAAUGAAGACAUCUUCCACCCAGCUGAAAAGGAAUCCUUAAAGAAGUCUAUGAUAAUUAUGAGGCAACUCUUACUGGAAGCCCAGGUGAGCAAUCAUAUAUCUGCCAUUAACUUGUUGGGUAAAAACUGCCUUAUUAUUUUCUUAUGGGGUAAAAAAAAUAUCUAUCUAUCUAUCUAUCUAUCUAUCUAUCUAUCUAUCUAUCUAUCUAUCUAUCUAUCUUUGUGUAAUUGUAAUAGUUUAGAUGCAGGUCCCAGUGCAUAUCCCUGUUGA